UGACGGGUGUGCGGGGAAAAAAAAGGCAGGGCUGGGCAGGGCGGAGCAGCGGCAGAUGGCACAAAAUGGUCAGCCGCGGCGGGCUCAGGGGGAGGAGCAGCGCCCGCCCAGGCCAGCGCCACGCCACGGCCGCCCUGCCCCUGGAGGUGACCGUGGUGCCCCGGUGGAAGGGUCCUGGCGGUGGCUGUGCUAAGAUGGCUGGCAGCACCUGGAUGGCACAGCGCUUGUAUGCUGUGAGCUGUGCGGCACGAAGACACUGAACCCCACCCCCCCCUUGGCCCACCAUGUUCCACCGCUACCACGACCGGGCUGGGCAAGACCCUGAUAUGAUGCAGAGUGGCAGCCGCAGCAGCACUCCAGCAAGUGCGCUGGAUGGGAGAGCCAUGUUCCCUCACACAUCAUCCGUCCCAGGCCAGCAGAUCCCUGUCUCAUACCCAAGUAUAUCCAGCCCCAGCCCCAGUCUUAUAUCUCAAAGUGCCCAGCUCAUGGCCCUGGGACACAACAUGAUGUUCCCGGGGUCUAAGUUCAUGCCUGGAACUCCUCCUGAGGCCCACAGAUACCUUCCAGAAUCUUACAGAUUAGCUGCAGAAUCCCUUGACCAAACUAGGUAUGGACUGGAGAGUCAGAGAAUGUCAGCAGAUCCUUACAGGCAGACAGCUGACUCCCAGCGCCUCCCUGCUGACCUGCAGCGCAUCAGGUCAGAGUUGCAGCGGACAGAAGAACAGAGCCUGGAUCCUUACCAUCGUCCUUCCAGCGACUCUUAUAGGAAUCAAGUGGAUGUGCAAAGAGCUCAGGAGUCUAACUUGCAACAGUUGGCUUCCAAUGCUCAGCGCUUUGUGUCUGACCUCCAGCGUCUGCAGUCAGACCCUCAGCGACUGAUGGCCGAGGUCCUUCGCCCCCCAGCUUCAGAGUCUGUACGAAGCCCCGAGGUUUCUUACCGUAGUAUUAUUGCCGACUCUCUAAGACCCCCCUCCGACGCCUCCCAGCGCAGCAUGCAGGAGUCUGUUCGCACUCAUGCAGACGCACAACGCAUGGUUCAGGAGAGUCUCCGAGAUUACUUCAGUCCCACUCAGAGAAUCGUGCAGGAAAAUUUAAGAUCUCCAACUGAACAAAGACUCAUGGCUGAAAAUUUACGUUACUCAGGGGAAAACCUAAGAUCUGAUGCACUGCGAUAUGGGACAGACUUGAGCAGCCAGCGCAUGAUUCCAGAAAACCUGCACGUCGACGCAGAGGCCUCCCAGCACCUGCAGGGCCGCUCUGACACCCCUCACUUGCAGGCCCGCUCUGACACCCCUCACCUGCAGGCCCGCGCAGACACACCACAGCACGGAAGAGUGAAGGUAGAGAUUCCACAGCACAUACCAGGCAGGGCAGACACACCGCUACACUUGCGAAUGGCAGCAGAGACAGCCCAGCACCUACAAGGGAGGGCAGAGACCCCACAACACUUGAGACUUUCAUCCAAUGCUCUCCAGCACUCACAAGGCAGGGCAGAGACUCCUCAGCACUUGCAAAUGGGAGCAGGCACACCUCAGCAUCUGCAAGGUAGGGCAGAGACGCCACAGCAUAUGCGGAUGGGAGCAGGUACCCCUCAGCAUCUGCAAGGCAGGGCAGAGACUCCUCAGCACCUGCAGAUGGGAUCAGACACUCCACAGCACUUGAGGCUAGGAUCAGACACACCUCAGCACAUGCAGGUACGGGCAGACACUCCUCAGCAUCUGCAAGGCAGGGCAGACACACCGCAGCACUUGAGAAUGGGGCCAGACACACCUCAGCUCAUGCAGAGCCGGGCAGACACUCCACAGCACCUGAGGAUGGGGCCAGACACACCUCAGCACAUGCACGGCCGAGCAGACACACCUCAGCACUUGCAAGGCCGGGCAGAGACUCCACAGCACAUGAGGAUGGGGCCGGACACACCUCAGCACCUCCCAGGCCGGGCAGAGACUCCACAGCACUUGAGGAUGGGGCCGGACACACCUCAGCACCUCCCAGGCAGGGCAGAGACUCCACAGCAUAUGCGACUAAGCUCUGAGGCUCCCCACCACCUGAGAAUGAGUGAGGAGGCCCUGCACCUGAGGGUUAGACCAGACACGCCGCAGCACAUGCAAGUUGAUGCUGACACUCCCCAUCUGAGACUGAGUGAGGAACAGCAUCAGCACAUACGGAUGGGUGCAGAGACACCUCAGCACCUCAGACUUGGGGCAGAAACACCUCAGCACCUACGAAUGGAUGCAGAAGCUCCUCACCACCUGAGAGCAGAGACUGAAACACAUCAGCACCUAAGGGUUGGGGCUGAAACACCUCAACAUCUUAGAAUUGGAUCUGAAAGUCAGCACAUACCAAUGGGUGCAGAAACUCCUCAGCACCUUAGAGACGAAACUGAAACACAUCAGCAUCUCAGGGUUGGAGGGGAAACACCCUUACACUUAAGAGCAGGGCUUGAACCUUCCCACCAUAUGCUACUAAGGCACGGGGAGAAUUCUGAGCAUGUUCGGCUCACCUCUGACGCCAACCAACACCAUCUUGGAGUGGAGAGCAACCAACACAUGCGUCUGGCCCCUGACGCAGCACACCACCUCCGCCUGGCCACAGACACUCCCCAGGGUCACCCAGGAAUGCCAGAGAAUCUCAGGGUGACAAGUGAGGCCUCACACAUGGUUCCUGAAAACUUGUGUGUGACAGAGACUUCCCACCAAGUCAUGCCCCAGAACCUGCGCGUCAACCACAAUAGUGGCGAAAACACCGCCAACAACAGCACUAGCAGCACCAGCGGCAGCAGUAGUGCAAGGAUAAACUUGGCACUUCAAGACUCCUCAAUGCGUUCACACUACAACUCCCUGACUCACCGCAUGAUGCCAGAGUCACCUCACGCUCUGAGGGGGGAAUCUCCUCGUUAUGUUGACUCACUUUACCGCGCAGACCUGGCUCACAACAGUGUGGGUCCAUCCACCCCAGCCUCCUCUUCCAUGUUUUCCAUGCCCGACCCCAGCAGCAACACCACACCUCCCCAGCACCAGUUGUAUUCCAGCUCCAUCAAUGCCAUGUUCAACCAGUACAUGAGUGAAAACCACGAGAGAGACCACAGAGAACCCCAAACUAUGGAGGGCCUUGAGAUGAAGCCAUAUCAUGAUGUCAAGCCCUUCAACCACGAUUAUCCUUCCUCCAUGCUAGGACAUGACCCCUCCAUACAGGCAGCAUCCAAGCCACCCAAGCCCAAGAAGCCUAAGGAUCCCAAGCCUCCUCGCACACCAGUUAUCCAUAAGUGUAAUGAGUGUGAAAAGGUCUUCAAGAACAGCACGCAGCUGAAGAACCACAUGUGGCGCCACACGGGGGAGAAGCCGUUUUCCUGUGACGUGUGCGGGUCAAAGUUCACACAGCAGGGGAACCUCAGGGCCCACAGGAGGAUCCACACAGGGGAGCGGCCUUACCAGUGCCUCCAGUGCAAGUCCUGCUUCACACAGCUCUCCACACUUAAGACCCAUCAGAAGAUCCACUCUGACGAGCGGCCGUAUAAGUGUGACCAGUGUGAUGCUGCAUUCCGGCAGAUAGCAAACUUGAAGACCCACGCCGUCACUCACACUGGGGAGCGGCCUCAUAAGUGUGACCAAUGCGACAAGGCCUUCACUCAGAAAUCAAACCUCAAAGCCCACAAGAAUCGUGUGCAUUGUGCGGAGACGAGUGCCAUUGUCAGAAGAGGGAGAAAAAAAAACCCGACGGCCAUUAAGCCCUACAACUGCGUGGAGUGCGGCGCAAAGUUCACGAUGAUGAGCAACCUUCGGAUCCACACCAAGCUCCACCUGGGGGAGCGCCCUUUUGAGUGUGAUCACUGCGGCGCCGGCUUUGCCCAGAGGUCCAAUCUAAAGACCCAUGUACAGAGGAUGCACACCAAGCUGCCGGGAAACGGGCGGCGGCGGAUCAAGUGCGACGAGUGUCCCGCCAUGUUCAGACUCCGCCGCUGCCUCAAGACACAUAAGAAGAAGAGACACCCAAUCAAGAGCCUCAAGAUCAAGUUGCUACGAGAAUCAAAACUUUACAUGAAGUCUGGUGGAGCCGGAAGAAGAAGAGCAGGGGGAGGAGAGGGAGAGGGAGAAGAACAAGACGAUGAUGAUGAUGAUGAUGAUGAUGAUGAUGAUGAUGAUGACGAUAUCGAGGAAGCCGAGGAUGGAACAGAUGGGCCAAGCCUGGAGCCGAUCGUCCAGCUGUGUGAACCCAAGGAGGAGCCGUACUCGCCCAGCUACCACAGCGCUGAGUCUCCCUACAGCACGAGUGAGUGGUCCAGGGAGGAGGACGAGGCCAGGGAGGAGCAGCGGGAGGGCAGAGGAGAGGGCAGAGAAUCUAAAAAUGUUCAUGAAGAAUCAAAAGAUCUUCCACAAGAGUCUCCACAAGCAGGUAUAAGUAAAUGAAGAAUUUUUGUAGAUUCCCAACUUGAGUGUCUCGUAAGAAACAUGUCUAUACAAUACAAGGAAUCACUGGGAUACUCAAGUAGGUACAUAUUAUUAUAUUUUGCUCUACUCUUUUUAGCCUAUGACAGAAGUUUUGCCACGGCCACUGCAGCCAGCGCCAUGGCCUGGUGUCUGGUGGCUUGUGUAGGUGGUAGGCCAGAGGUUAGUCAGGAGGCCAUGUAGCUCUUCAUAAGAUGCCCCAACUCUCCAUUUUGCCCCAGAAUACUUUCCUCUUUGUGGCCUGGACUGGUCAGCAUGGCCUUGCUAAACAAUGAUUACUGUACUUACACAUUAUUGUCAUGGGAAGAAGCAUAUCAGCAGCAAGGUCAAGGCAGACCCCUCGACAGGACUCACACAAGAGAAAGUUAUACUCAAAAUUUCCUAAAAUGUAGUUUCUUCACUUAGCAUUGCCAUCUUCCACAAUUUCUGUGCAAAUAAUCAAAGUUGUUAUGAGUCAGCUCUUCUCUUCAUAAGCUGCUUUCUGUCCUUAAAAAGAAUAUUAUAUGGACAUUGAUAUUGUAAGGAAUCCUGCCUGGUAGUCAUUGGGUCGGGGGUCUUGGGGCAUAAUGGCAGUUUAAGGAUUACACUUAUUAAACGUUUGCCGAUGUUCUUGCCUACUGUCUUCACACAAAUUAAAGCCUUACUUGGAAACCUCCCUUUUCUAAAAGUUGCAACAUAGUUUUCUACAGGAAACUUUUUGAGGUCUUAACUGAACAAGAAACAGUAAAUUGUAAAUAGCUCAUUGUGAAUGAAGACAGGAAUCUGCGUUAGUGAACAGGACUGCUUUCUUGGCUCCUGGAAACAGCUUUAACAGCCCUUGCAUACUCUACCACAGCCACAUCCAGAGUUGCCAGGCAUCACAAUAGCAGAGGUGCUCUUAUCUAGAGUGAAUCCAGCUGCUUUAUUUUGUGGUGUUUGUGGCUGUGGUGCAUCUGCAAUGGGUAUUGAUCUGAUGGCUUUAGAAUGAACGAUGAGUUAAUGUCUGGCUCUAGCCACCCCAUCCAUCGCACCUCAUCCUAGUUGAGCAAGCACUUCCUGAGCAUCUCUUCAUGAGUAUUCUACAUAUCCAGUGGAAUGGCUUUCACAAUCAUUAAGCAGUGACUGAAGGAGGAGGUGCAUGGAGCAGGUGGUGCUGCCAACAUUUGGGUUAGUGACAAGGUCAGUACAACAUACAGGGGAGGCUCAGCUACCCACUCCAGCUCAGGGAAAGUUGAUCCUCAUCAACACUCCGUCUACAAGCUGAAAAACACAGUAGUGACAUAUAAUCAACAUAGAGAAGUAGAGAGACAGUGAAACCACUGAUAUACACUAAAAACUACCUGACCACUCCAAUGCAAAUUUUCAAAUCAAACUUUGUUAAUGUUUUAACACUGGUUUUAAAUGUGCUUUAUUACUUUUUAAUUAUAAUUGCAUUAGCAUAAAAUAUCAGAUUUUUCAAAACAGUAUUAAUCUUGAUUUCUGUCCGAAUCAAAGGUAGUAGAUAAGAUUUGAGAAAGGAUUUCCUGUUUAGCACCAGUCAUGAAAAAUGAAGUAGUUUUGUAGUAUGAGAUAAGUUUGGGCUUCUAUCUAGUUUCUGAAGAUGCAGUGAACAUAUCCAAAGUUCAGAGAGCUUGCAGCGGCCUCGCUCAGGGUGGCGGUGACUGGCUGGUGGCCACGCUCGCCCCGCCCGGCUGAGGUGUGCGUAACUCCCUGUGGCUGACCAAGAGAGUAGAGUCAGUUUGUUGGUUUCACCUUCUAAGUGUCUUUCCUGUCUUAACACUAAAUCUUUUAUUUUUUCCACACUACUGUAAGAUUUUGACUUCAGCUGUGCAAAACUUCUAGAAACCCAACCCUCUAGUACCUGUAAGACUUUAAAACUAAAAUGAAGUUGCAUAUGCAAUGGCUCUUUAUUACUUUAUAUAAUUCAUAGGAUUACUAGUGUGUAGGACUGAUAGUAUUCAUAUAUACAUAUAUUGUUCAGUCCCUAUAGUGGUAACCUCAGUACGAAGGUGUUUUUGUUCGAGGAAUCUUGCAUGCUUGAGUUUUAACGGGAUGGAUCCACCAUCUCAACACUCUUGAGGUGUGUCAUCUGUGUGUGCGUGUGUGUGUGUGUGUGCGUGUGAGUGAGUUUGCAUUUGUAGUACUCACCAGUGUGCAGUUUUUCCUCCAAAGAGACACAGUGAUUGAGGCGUUUGCUUUGCCGUACAUGACACUUUUGUUUUACUUUACCCAAGUCACAGUCAGGUCUUGGUCCAGAGGGGGCCAGGCAGCAGGGCAAGGCAGCAUAAACCACUAAGUGCAGGAGUGCCACAAUCACCCUUGGCAAUAAACUUCCUUCUGGUCAGUUGCUGAGGAAGUCCUUUAAGCAGUAGAGUGCCAGUACUUGGUAGGAGCUAGAUUUAUACUGAUAUCAGUGCCAUGGUAAGGGAUACUUAAGCCUUGCUGCAAAUGGUUGCCUCUGAGACAUGAUCCCUGAUACUUCAAACCAAGGAAUGAGAUCUGUCUAGUAUUAUCAUGAUUUUUAAGGGGAUGCUGUUGCUCAGGAUCCUCUGAAGAUUACAUGAGAGUAUGUCGUAGAUUAUUGUUGAUUAUUCAUCGUUUUCUGGAGGACUGAGCCAAACAGUCUGGAUUUAUGUAUACGGUGCACCAAGUCAAUUGCCAUAGUGACUGCGCCAUUCAUAACCCAGGCACGGGUGAUGCGCCUCCCUAGCACUUCACACAGAGCAUGUUUGGAGCCAUUGGGUUACCGGCAGAAAUAGUCACUGUGUAUGUCCAAAGCAGAGACGAGUGGGAGUGUGCAGCACUGUGUUUGUGUAGGGUUAUGGAGGGGCAGGGUGUGGAGUAGAGGUGAUGGGAUGCAGAGGUUUUCAGUGUCAGCAGUGCAUGUGAGUUGAAGGGAUUUGGGGUGUUGUUUGUGUGUGAAUAUUUUUUUCAUAUAUAGAUCCAAGGUUUCUUCCAUUGAGUGUGUGGUUAGAUUCAUGCUGAUGCACACACACAUGUUUAUGUGCAGAAAUUAUACCACAUAACAUGCCUACACAUAUAUGCAGACAUGUCCAUACAUGUAGUAUACAUUUAUAUGCAAAUUCUCACCCACUCCUGCAGUAUGUUAUUGUAAGAGUUUUACUGUACGGGUCUUUGCUUAGUUAGCCAUCACAGGAGCAACAACCCUUGAACUUUGCAAUGCUGAGCUACCCUUUGAUCUUAUGUACCCAUUGUGAGUCAUCAGCCCUUAGAAUACCUUCGGGGGCAGUCUGUUCCCCUGCGAGACAUGUACUUUGUGCCAAAUGUGAUGUGUAGGCACAAACCUCCAUGUUAUUAUUUCUUCAAAUUUACAGUCAUUGCUCUGUUGUUGAGGCCUCACACAUGGUUCUGAAGAAAAUUGUAAACACAAUAAUAUACUGUCUCCAGGGUUGACAGAUAAGUGCCUUCCUAGCAGCAGCAACUGAAGCCAGUCCUGGCGGGAUGAGGGGAAGGUACCCUGUUUGGGUUGACCUCAGAUUUGUUUUAUUAUCGUUAUUUUUUUAUGCUUACUGCAAACAUAAUGUCAAGAAUAAUCUGAGUUUCUCCCAACACUUGCAUAAGCUUGUUGGGCAUUGUGAUAUUAGUUAGUAAUUAGGUUGGUGGAAUCUUGUCCAGUCAGGGCUGUGCUGAGCUGCUGCCGCAGGGAGGCUCCUGUGCCCCUGCGACGACUUCUUCCCUGAGUGUCAAAGUCCCGGGUUAGUGGCAAGACAGGUUUAUGUUGCCCACACCAGCCAGUAAGGUUGAGAUGUGUAGGUUGUGGCAUAUCAUCCCUCAGCCUUAUAGUGACGCCAACGCCACACACCACCUGCCCCUCAGUAGACUCAGCUUUGAACAUUUUCAUUGUACAAGAUAAGACACAUGGAGGUGAAAUGUAUUAUUUCAUACUUUCUUAGGAAGAAAACGGUAAAACUGCACCUCUAGAACCAAAUAUCUUGAACAGUGGAGAUACAGAAGCAAUUUUGUACAUUCUGGGCUUUCACAAUUUUGUUUAAGUAUGCUAUUGCAGUUUUAGGAAAAAUCAUGAAUCUCAUGUUUGAGCCAAAUGUUUUUGAAGGUAGAAGUAACAACAGCAAGUGCUCUUGGUGGUGGUGGUGGUGUGGGUUGGUGCAGCUGCCUUGGAGGGACUCUGGGCUCUAGUUGUCUUGCCCACAAGCCUCACUUUUUAAAAAUUUUCAUCUAUAUAUAUUUUUGUUUAUAUAUAUGUUGGCGCUGCAGCCUAGUUUCUUCCAUAACCUCCUUAAGCUUGUGAUACAUUCAUUUAGCUGCGGCAGCAAGGACUCCCCCAGUCAUCCCAACGUCACACGGCAAGCCAGGCCGCCCCAGCGCCCGUGGCUGGGUGGCAGGCAUGCCGGUGGGUGCUUUCUGGUGCUGCCCUGGGCUGGCUGUGUGGGGCCAACUGUUGCCCAGCAUAUUAUAUUUCCAUGGUCAGUGUUUCAUGAAGUCAAUCAGAGUUUAUAGUGUUAUUUCUAUGAAGGAGAUUAUUAUUAUUAUAUAUAUUAUAUUUGCUUUGCAUGUAGUCUUUUAUUUUCUGUAUAAAAAGUUUAACUCAGUAUACUUAGAAACAUAUUAUCUGCACAGUUUUUUCUUUUUCUCUCUUCUCAGCUUUACCAGAGCUAAUUGGCAGUACUGCAACAUUAUCAUAUGUACAAAUUUUUCUUGUUCCGUUUGACAUGUGUCUGUGUUAUAGUCUGUGAAGGUGGUGUUGCUGGUAGCCCAAGCUGUGUGUGUUUGUGUGUCUGGGGCGGCCGAUGGGCGGCCCUGCAGGACAAUCAUCACAUCCAUGACAUUAUUGUUCUCACUUCGUCAUUGUCUGCAGGCCUGUCAAGGCUUGAUGAGGAACUGUUGUUCUUUUUAGUGUCACCAGAUAGAAAAUUAUAGCAAAGUUUAUAAAUUUAUGAACUAUUUUUGUUAAUGUAAGGUAAUAUUAUAUUUUUUUCUUUUUAUAAUCAUAUUGGUUUAAGAUAUGAAAAUAUUAUUUUAGUUAAUCUAAAGUAUGUAAUAUUCAUUCUUUUUUAUUAUUUGUAUUUAUUUUUUUAUGAUUAUAUUGGUUCACAGUAAGAGAAAUAUUAUUGUCUUGUUGAUGUACCAAAGAGGCAAGGAAGCGCGAGGCUGUGCGUUGUCAGUGAGUGCUGGGAGGGGCGAGGCGUGCGUGCCAGUACUGUAAGGAACACUGAGGUUGUGAUAGCAUGGGCGUGAGGCCUCACCUCAGCCCACCGCUGACGGCAGCCAGCCUCGGCUUCGGCUCGCUUACUUUACGUAUUGUUUUGUUUUAAGAAUUCUACAGAGAAGAAAUUAUUUACCCAUAGUAAAAAUUAUUAGUUAUUUUUAAAUGAUUUUUUUUUGCUCAGUUACAAUUCAGUGUUAGUGUCUAGCGGGGGGAGGGAGGGUGGUAGAGGAGGGCAGGCAGCCAGCAAGGCCCCGAACACAAGAUGCCAUAAGUCUAACACUGUAAUCUCUCGCUUUUCUGUUUGCUGGGCAUUACAAAGUUUAUUGCCAUGAACAUAAAGAAAUAAUGAAAAUUCUAUUCUCAGAGGUGUGUCAGAUUUUGUUGCCUUUUCAUAUAUUGAUAUUUUUAGCCUUAGUUCCAAUAGCUCUAACUCCCAUAUACUCAUUAUAUUUACCAUUCAUAGCAUUAUUAUGAUAAAAAAGAUUCUUAUUUAAUCUUUUGAUGCAAGCAAGUAAAAGGAGAUAACUGAUAUGCUUUCUAUAUAUGCAUGAAAUAUAUUAUUUAUCGGUAAUGACAAUGCUAUCGCUGAGAGAAUAUGUAACUGUACUACUCGGUAACUCUUUUUGUAAUACGACUAAUGUACUUUGUCUAUCAAUAAAACAUUUAAUAAC